GUUUAGAGAAGAACCUGCAGAGUGACCGAGUUGUGCCUCUGCUGUGCUCGUGGACCCGUGGGGCCAUGCCCGACACACACUGAGCGCGGGCAUAGCGCCGGCUGCGGGAGGGCAAGGCGCACGCACGCUGCGUCGGUCAUGGACAGCUUCCAGCUGGAAGACUUUGUGGCAGGCUGGAUCGGAGGUGUGGCCAGUGUCAUUGUUGGGUACCCUCUGGACACAGUCAAGACUCGCCUGCAGGCUGGUGUCGGCUACGAGAACACAUUCAACUGCAUCCGCAUGGUGUAUAAGAAGGAAAGUGUGUUCGGCUUCUUCAAGGGCAUGUCCUUCCCCCUGGCCAGCAUUGCCAUCUAUAACUCGGUGGUGUUUGGGGUCUUCAGCAACACCCAACGGUUCCUCAGCCAGUUCCGCUGUGGGGAACUCGAGGAUGGCCCCGGCCAAAGUCCAUCUGAUGUACUCCUGGCUUCCAUGGUGACUGGUGUGGUCUCUGUUGGGCUGGGCGGGCCCGUGGAACUCAUCAAGAUCCGACUGCAGAUGCAAACACAGCCAUUUCAGGAAGUCAGCCGUGGAUUGAGGUCCAGGGCAGUGGCAGCAUACCAGGGACCAGUGCACUGCAUUGCAACCAUUGUGCGGACGGAGGGCCUGACAGGGCUGUACCGGGGAGCCAGCGCCAUGCUGAUGAGGGACAUCCCGGGAUAUUGCUUCUACUUUAUUCCCUAUGUGUUUCUGAGGGAGUGGAUCACACCUGAAGCCUGCACAGGGCCCAGUCCCUAUGCAGUGUGGCUGGCAGGGGGCAUUGCAGGGGCCAUUUCCUGGGGGACAGCAACCCCGAUGGAUGUCGUGAAAAGUCGAAUCCAGGCUGACGGGGUCUAUUUAAACAAAUACAGAGGAGUCCUGGACUGCAUCUCCCAGAGUUACCGGCAGGAAGGCUUUAAGGUGUUUUUCAGGGGCAUCACUGUGAAUGCAGUGCGCGGCUUCCCCAUGAGUGCCGCCAUGUUCCUGGGCUAUGAGCUCUCACUGAAGGCGCUGCGGGGUGACCAUACCGUGAGAAGCGGAUGAGUGAUCAGGAGGAUAUAGAAACUACAGAAAGAGCAAAGCAAGAAUUCCUGCUUUCACCAGAAGAUCCAACUGCAGCCUGAGACCCAGAGCCGACUUGCACAGCACAGCUGCUUUCCUGCCUCAUGGCCCGGAACCACGUCCGCGUCACGUGGUUUAAAUCUUCAGCUACAGAAAGGCUUCAGAACCAAGACCUCAGAUCCCGGAGUGACUGGGCACUUGUCCUAGCUGUCACACUAGGCCACUCUUGGCCACCCUGAGGACUGGCUCUGUAAGGAGGCUGGAGGAAGUUUCUAGAGAGCCAUCUUAUGGCGUUUGAGAGCGGUAUCGGAGCCAGCUAGCAGCUUUUCUUUCUGAAUGUCUUCUCCCUGUCUCCUUAGGAAGAAACUAAAACCAAAACCAAACCAAACCAAACCAAAACCCUCCAAGGGCAGCAGUGGGGUUGGGGAGCAGGGAGAGGCUGUCUCAAGAGGGAGGGAGGCAUCCUGGCAGCGUUGUUGUCUUGAACAGGGUGUUUAACAUCCAGCCCUAACCAGGAGCCGUGGACACCAGGUCUGCCAGCAAGCUUCAGCUUUAAUGUACAAAGGUUUGGAGCAGACCACAAUCUGGGUGGCAGAAACGUGAACUCUUUGAAUGUGUGAACAACAAUGCCGCCCUCCUCUUCCUCAUCCAGUCCCCAAAUGGAGGAGACCUUGGAACACUCACUGCAGACCCUAAGAAAUGGUGGGAUGGGGACUGUCUCCCGAGUCCUAGGCACAAGAGUCAAUAAAAAUUGUUUCUAAAUAUAUGCCUGUAUCAGGAUGUGGCUCCCUAGAGUCUCAGGGAGAGGGCACCUUCCUUCCCAUCCAUCCCUAGUUUUGUAUCCUUCCAUGCUUCUUAUAGCAGAGCCGUGAAGCCUAGUGAGAAUUGUCUGGGGGCAGUUAUUUUGUCAUGGGAUGGCUUGAGGAGGUGGGUCCCAAUCACUCAUAAGCAGUCUUUAGGUUUCCCCAUGAGUCCUGUGUCAUCAGUCCAUGCCUUACCAAGAUCCUGAUCCCAGAACCCUCCUAGAACAGAGCUGUUCUAUACUCCGCCCCGAUGUGUAUCAUCCAGACCCGGGAGCUUGCUUUCUUUCUACACGGAGCUUCAUAACCAAAGAAAGGAAGUGCAUUCUCCCCAUGACACCUUGUCUGAACAUUUACAAACACACCCACACAGCCCUCCCAACUGACUGCAGCGCGUGAUGAGCACUACCAUGUCUCCGUGGCUCGAGAAUCAUCCCCAUGUGGGUUGUCCGAGCCUAGAUCCUGCUGGCUGCAACUCAAAAGAGGGCUCUCUAUGUGCCCUCUCUCCUCUCAGGGCUACUGUAAUCUGACCAGGCCUCAUCCCACUGCAGACGCUGACAAUACCUAUAGAAUCAGCAGGAGUGAAUUCCUGGAGAGCAGGAAGAUCCAGCCAUCACCACCCAGUGCCAGGUGGGCCACGGCCACCAUCCUGAGUUUGGACUCACUUCCUUUAUGAGUGCAGACUCUGUUUCUCUCCCCAGUCCAGUGCUGGAAGGAAGCAGCAGACCAUGGACCAGGCAGCCACCACCUCUUUCAGCUCUGGAUUAGAACCUGAGAAAACCAGGCAAAACAUUCUGGGCCCCUGGAUGAUGAAAACCCAGCGUAGACUUGCGCUCCCUAAUAAAAACACCAAAAGCCC